AUGUUAACGAUAGAGAAACCGUUCAAAAACAAUCGAAAAACGUGGAUAACUUCAGUUAGAUGUAAGAAGUGGUUUUUUACAGGGUAAAUUAUCAUUUUAUGUUCACUUAAUAUUUAAUUUAACUUUAAUUUACUAGUUUGUUAAGCUUUUUAGUUGACUGCUCAUGACGACUAACUUUCAGUACGACUGAUUGCUUUAUAGUUUGUUUCUUUAAAAUAUUUAUAUUGUUUUAUCGUUAAGUUGGCCUUGGCUGAAAAACAUAGUUUAGAUAACAUAAUAUUGAUUGGUGUGUGUUUCGCGGUUUAUUACAUUGUUAAAUCUUUUAAAUUCAUAUUAUUUUAGUUUACUAAUCAAUUUUUGUUGCAGGAUGAAAGUGUUAGCCAUCUUGGCCCUUUUGGGCGUCUUCUACAUGGCCCAGGCCAAGGACACUAUCACCGUCAAUAAGAAGGUCUACUUCGAUAUUGAAAUCGGAGGUGAAAAGAAGGGACGUGUCGUGAUCGGUCUGUUCGGUGAUGUCGUACCAAAGACUGCCACCAACUUCCUCGAACUUGCAAAGGGAUCAAAGGGAUACGGAUACAAGGGCAGCAAAUUCCACCGUGUUAUCAAGGACUUCAUGAUUCAAGGUGAGUGGUUUUCGUCAUUUUGUUUAAAUUUAGGUUUUUAUUAGAUUCAUGGAUAAUAUUCUACGUUAUUAAAAUCUACGUGUUAUUUACCAUCAAAAAUUAAAUUUUGAAUCUUUUAGGAGGUGACUUCACCCGCGGCGAUGGAACCGGCGGAAAAUCAAUCUACGGCGAACGUUUCCCAGACGAAAACUUUGAACUGUCUCACUAUGGCCCAGGUUUCCUGUCCAUGGCCAAUGCCGGUCGUGACACUAACGGAUCACAAUUCUUCAUCACCACCGUCAAGACUCCAUGGUUGGACGGCCGUCACGUCGUAUUCGGAAAGGUUUUGGAAGGUAUGGAUGUUGUUCGUGCCAUCGAGAGCGCCCGCACUUUGCCAGGAGACCGUCCAGAACGCGAUGUUGUUAUUGCCGAUUCUGGUGAGAUUCCAACUGAACCAUUCGAAGUCUCUAAGGAUGGAUCUAACUAG